AUGGACCUGGACGACUCGGCCGACGGCGACCGCGUCGCCGACUACCUCGACGACAAGCUGCAGACGGCCAUUGACCUCGACACGGGGAACCUGGACGCGCUGCUGGCCCGCAUCACAGAGCAGCAGGUGUUGCUCAAGCAGCAGGUCGAUGCCGCACAGAAAGACCUCCACGGCGCAAAGCAGGACGCCCAUUCCCACCACGCCACCGUCCAGCAGCAGGCGCACACAUUCCGCCAGCGGCAGGCCGACAUCGACCGCCGCCUGCUAGCCAUCACCGCCAGCGACACCUCGGAGGAGGCUGUCCCGCGCUUUGAGACGUCCCUGGACAAGCUCCACCGCCUCGACGUGGCCAGCAGCUAUGUCGAAUUGCUGCGCGAGGUGGACGUCCUCAGCAAACACGCCCAGACGCAGCUCCAUACAUCGAGCGAGGCCGCCCUGCAGCCGUACAAGCAGCUGCGCUCACUCCACACCCGCCUGGCCACCCUGCAAGACGCUGCCGAGGGCGCCGCGCCGCAGCUGCUCCACCACGUCUACAAGAUCACGCAGGCCCUGCGCACCAAGAUCCUCGAUGCCUUCUCGUCCGACCUCGAGCGCGUCCUCAAGAAAAUCCAUUGGCCCACGCCCAAAGCAAACAUACCCGGGCCGCUGCAGGGGGAAUGGGAGAAUGCCAUUGUGAGGCUGCUGGACCUGCAGAUGCCGGAGCUGGAGGGCAUGAACUACGCCAGCGGGCCGGGCGACAAGAUCAAGCUCCCGCCAGUGCUUUUCCCGCUCGAGGUGCUGGUGCAGCCGUUGGAAAUGCGUUUCCGCUACCACUUCGAGGGUGACAGACCCACGAACCGCAUUGAUAGGCCCGAGUUCUUCCUCUCGCACAUUACCACGCUUUUGAACGACUACAGUGGAUUCGUGUGCGAUCAUGUGCAACCUGUGCUCCUCAAGCAGUUCCGCGGAUCUGAUCUGGCGCUUAACCCCGUCUACAUCGACGCCAUGUCAGCCUUCAUCACCGCUCUGUUACCCAUGCUCAGAUCCAAGAUCCGCUCCCUGCUGCCGAAGGUAGCCGGUCAACCCCAGCUCCUCAGCCAUCUCAUGCACGAAGUGAUGAGUUUCGACAGUACCAUUCGGGACAACUGGGGUUAUGAUGGUGGGUAUGGAGUUGACGGCUGGAAAGGGUUGUCCUGGGAAUUUCUCGUCCAAGCUGAUUGGUUCGGGCGCUGGCUACAGGUCGAAAAAGACUUUGCAUUGGCGCGAUAUCAGAGCAUUGCAGAAGCUCCCGAUUUCGGUGAUCUGGACUACGAGAGUGUCGAUCCCAAAGCUACCAAACCGACCAAGGGAGCGAUCCGCGUCAACGACCUACUUGAGACCAUAACAGGUGGGCCCCUGUCAUCCUUCAGCCAGAAGCUGACUUUUCUGAUCGACAUACAAAUCGCUAUUUUCGACAAGUAUCACGAGAAGCUGCUGGGCAAUCUGGAAGCAUAUCUGACCAUGACCACCGCAUUGGGUCGUGCCAUGGGCGGCGUCACUAAAGAGGAACAGGAGAGACUACUGGGGUUGGAAGGAUUAGAGCGCCUGUGCAAGACGUAUGGAAGUGCAGACUACCUACAAAGGGCAAUGCGGGACUGGAGCGACGACGUGUUCUUCUUGGACAUCUGGGAGGGCCUGCAAGAUCGUGCUCGCCAAGACGACAGUAUCGGUGGGAAGACUGUAGCCGACGUCGCCGAACGCACGUCAAAAUCCGUUGGCGAAGACGGUGAAGGCGGCGCCCUCUUUGACGAAACGGCUUCUUGGUACGCCCGUCUCCGAGACCGCACAAUGUACGGCAAGCGUUGCGGCCCUAUCAUCACAUCCUCGGCGCCCGCCAAUCUUGCACCCACGGCAGAAAUCGACCCACUUCUCACCCAUCUGGGUACCACGCUGGGCUUUUUGUCCCGUGCGCUCGCCUCGGCGCCCCUACGCCGCAUUACCAGAGCGGUACUCGCCACUGUGUCGAGCACUAUUUGGGACAAGGUACUUAGCGUUUACCGUUUUUCGACGGCGGGCGCGGCCCAGAUGCAUGCUGAUCUGGCGUCCAUCUGUCGCGUUGUUGACAAGCAAGUGGGCCCAGGUGUCGCCGAAGCAGGCCUCAGACGAUGUCUCGAGGGCGCUCAGCUUAUCGGGCUGCCUGUCAAAGGUGGCAAAGACCAGGCUGCAAGCGACGACAAGCUUGGUGGCGACGAAGACUGGGACGCCUCCUGGGGUGAAGGCCACGAUUCAGCGCCUCCUCCGCAGAAAGAAGAUGAGGGUGCCACAACGUCUGGGGGCGUUCACCUCGGCCUUUGGGAGGUGGAGAAGAGACUGUUUGCGGAUAAUCAGGCGGCGAGGGAUGUGUUGGAUGAAUUGGGCUUGGAGUUGCUGACGGAGAAUGAGGCAAGGGCUUUGCUAGGCCGCAGAGUCGAGUUGGCUGGAUAG